AAAAUUAAAAUUCCUCUAUUUGUAUCAUAUAUUUGCUUAGUAAACUUAAUAAUAUACUAAGCAAGCAAUACGUUCGAACUCUUCUUGUUUUAUUAGGCUAAGCAUUUAAUUUGCACUACUACGUACGUAUUAGUUAUUUCUGCUUCAUCUUCUUAUUUUCAGAAGACUUGUUGAGGAAAAAAUGCCGAGCAAGAGUUACAGAGUGUCUCCAGUGCCAAUGACUUUGUUUGCACACUUGUUGUUCAUAGCUAUCACAACACUGAUGCUAGUCUGGCUUUUGCAUUUCAGAGAAGGCCUUGAUUUCACUUCAACCAACAAACCCAAGAUUUUCAAUAUUCAUCCAUUGCUUAUGGUUAUCGGGUUUCUCUUAUUAGCUGGAGAAGCAAUAAUGGCAUACACCACAGUUCCAACAUCAAGCAAGAAGCACAAGUUGUAUCACAUGAUUCUUCAUUUCAUUGCUCUUGUUGCUGCGGUUAUUGGUCUCUACGCUGUUUUCAAAUAUCAUAACGAAUCUGGAAUUCCUCAUAUGUAUACCUUUCACUCCUGGAUUGGCCUUUCCACCAUCAUUCUCUUCGCUUUGCAGUGGCUAUUAUCAUUUUUGACCUUCUUAUUUCCUGGGGCGCGAACGUCAACAAGGUUAAGAGUGGCUCCAUGGCAUGCCCUAAUUGGGAUAAUCAUCUUCUUGUUGGCAAUCGUAGCUGCAGAGACAGGCUUGGUGCAGAAAUUCAUAUUCUUGGGGCUUACAAGGAACCAAGAAGGACUUAUCCUUAAUUUUACUGCGCUUUUAAUACUCCUCUUUGGAAUUUCAGUUGGUGUUGCUGUUCUCCUACCCGGUCGUGGUUAUUAGUUAAAUAUUCAAAUUUGUUGUAAAUGUUGUUUUGUGUGCUAUUAAGGAAUUACUAAGUCCUUGUAUUGAUGGUUUGGUUUUUAUCUAUUAACCCUACACAGAAUAUUUCUUUCGAGUUGGGUGUUAAUUCAUGUAUUUAAAGUUGUUAUGCUAUGUAAAUAGACUAUUUUUUUUAUUAGCCACAAAAAAAAUUAUUAGA